GCCUGGCAUCAGCCCUAAGCAGCAAAAGAUGAAGUCAUCUGUCAAUCACUGAUACAGGAGAAAUGCAAGCCCUGAAGCAGUGCAGCCCAGCAAGAGAUGGAAAAGCCUCAGCCACUCCACAGAACAGUGGGUGUGCAGCUCUGUGGGACACUUACUUAUAGGAAGGAGCAGGAAGUCGUUGGACUAAAACCAGCCCCAGAGUGGUCAAGGGUGGCUGGCCACUUCUCAAGGUCCCCAGGCCUUGCAGGGUCAGCUGAGUCUACAGGACUUACAGCCAAGAUGGAGCAGUGAAACUGCUGCCUGUUCUGCCUGCUCACUGCUGAAAGCCCAUUAGUCCUGCCUGGUUCACCCGGCUUUGGUUGGAGCUCUGUUUUGAUUUUAAAAUCAAGUGAAAGAGUCCCUAGUUGCAGGCUGGAUUUCUUAUCGCAGAUGUUUCUGAAUCUGGGAAGAAAGAAGGUUUACAUGGACUACAAUGCCACAACCCCUCUGGAGCCAGCAGUUAUCCAAGCUGUGACUGAAGCUAUGCAGGAAGCCUGGGGCAAUCCCAGCAGCUCCUAUGUGGCAGGUCAAAAGGCCAAGGACAUUAUAAACACAGCUCGGGAGAGCCUGGCAAAGAUGAUAGGCGGGAGGCCUCAGGACGUCGUCUUCACUUCUGGUGGCACUGAGUCAAACAAUUUAGUAAUCCACUCUAUGGUGAGAUGCUUCCACGAACACCAGACCCAAAGAAGGGACGAGGUUGAGCAGUGCAGCCCUGAGGAGGGGGCCAGGCCCCACUUCAUUACCUGCACAGUAGAACACGACUCUAUCCGGCUGCCCCUGGAGCACCUAUUGGAAAAGCAAGUGGCUGAGGUGACGUUUGUCCCAGUGUCAAAGGUGAAUGGACAGGUAGAGGUUGAGGACAUCCUUGCAGCUGUCCGGCCCACCACAUGCCUUGUGACCAUCAUGCUGGCCAAUAACGAGACCGGAGUCGUCAUGCCUGUUCCUGAGAUCAGUCAGCGCAUUAAAGCCCUGAACCAGAGACGGGCCGCCUCGGGUCUGCCUCGGGUCUUCAUGCACACAGAUGCCGCACAGGCACUAGGGAAGAGACGUGUAGAUGUGGAGGACCUGGGUGUGGACUUCCUGACCAUUGUGGGGCAUAAGUUCUACGGUCCCAGGAUUGGUGCUCUGUAUGUACGAGGGGUCGGUAAACUUACCCCCCUGUACCCCAUGCUGUUUGGAGGUGGACAAGAGCGGAAUUUCAGGCCAGGGACCGAGAACACCCCCAUGAUUGCCGGCCUUGGGAAGGCUGCUGAGCUGGUGACUGAAAACUGUGACGCUUAUGAGGCCCACAUGAGAGACAUCCGUGACUACCUGGAGGAGAGACUGGAGGCUGAAUUUGGUAAGAGAAUCCAUUUAAACAGCCGUUUUCCAGGAGCUGAGCGGCUUCCCAACACCUGCAACCUUUCCAUCCAGGGAUCCCAGCUUCGAGGCUACAUGGUGCUUGCACAGUGCCGGACACUGCUGGCCAGCGCAGGGGCUUCGUGCCACUCCCACCUCGCAGACAGGCCAUCCCCAGUGCUGCUGAGCUGUGGCAUCCCUGUGGACGUGGCCCGGAACGCACUCCGGCUCAGUGUGGGCCGCAGCACCACCAGGUCUGAAGUGGACCUUGUUGUGGAGGACCUGAAGCAGGCCGUGGCCCAGCUGGAGAGCCAGAUCUAGGGCUAGAGGCCUCUCUUGCCCUCAGUGGCCAGAGAGAACCUUGGCCACUCAAUCCAUAGGAAGCCCCUUGCUAAGGCAGCUGGCCCCUGAGUUGUCCCUUCUCAAGAGCCGCACUGGGAUGGCUGUCUCACUCUGGGGCGGGGAACAGUGGGGGCCUGACUGGCACACAGAACCCUACCCUAGCCCCGAGCCUUAUAGGCCCAGGACACCAGUGCCCUCAUAGGACUGUCUUCCUGGUACUUUCUGAAAGGCCAUGUGGAAAUGGAAGUGUGCCCCUUUGGGAACUGCGUCAGCCUGUCAGGAAUACUCAGCCCUAGAAGGUAUUUUGUCCGGAAGAUAAAAUCCAGUGUAACCCUCUGCCAGUUAGCUGCUAUCGUGAAAAUAGGAAACUUAAUUUUUUUUUUUCUUCACCUACGGCCUCCCAUGUGCACCUACAAAGCAUUCUCCCAGGAUUCCUAUGCCUUUUCCAAAUGCCACCCUGCUGUGCUCUUCCCCAACCUCAGUGUGCCGUGCCUCCCGGGCCUGACAGGUCUCCCAGCACAGCCUCGUGCCAUCCAGGCUCUCGGAGGCCACAGUUCACCCUGCCACAUGUCUCCUCCUUUACCUUCACUCAGGGAUUCAGCUCCAGCCUCACUAAGGGACGGCUGGUCCUGGUCUGGGUCAUUCUUGGGGUGGGAAACUGAUUGUCCCUCACUCAGCUUUAAUUUUAAUUUUAUUUGCAAAAGGCUUCUGUCAUCUUUACAGAAAUUGGCACACAUCGUGCCAAUAUUUACAUAGGAAUAAUUUUCAAGAGUAACACUGGUAAAUUUCGGUUUUACAGUCCAAAGGACUGUACAAUGUGCUGAAAGAACUGUCAGAAAUUAAAUGAAGCAAUGAAAGAUUUC